GCCACACACACCUUCCCCAGUCAAGCUACACACACUCAUGAGAAUAUGUGGGAACUUUUCACUGUGGACCUGCAGUUACGAUCAAGCCAGGAGCUGGGCAUGAGCAUUGUGGGUAAAAGGAAUGACACGGGGAUAUUUGUGUCCGAGAUAAGUCAAGGAGGCGUGGUUGAGUUAGAUGGGAGACUUUCACUUGGUGAUCAGAUUCUGUCAAUAAAUGGAGAGGACAUCAGAGCUGUGACUCAAGACUAUGCCCACUCACUACUACAGAAAUGCAGUGGAUCAGUGUUGCUGGAGGUAGCACGUUUUAGAGCUACUCCACAUUAUCCAUAUGAGUGCCAGAAUAAUCUUCCCGGUUGGUGAUGCUGAAUUCCUGUUUCCUUUCUCCUGCUUCUUGUUACCCUUCGGGAGCACUGGAGGAUUUAAGACGCAACAGUGGCAUCGCACACGACUCUGAUGACACACUGAAGAUGUUUACUGCCCACUUGUAAAAAUCUGGAUAACGUCAUCUUUUAAAUCUUUAUAGAAUGCCGUU